CCAGAUCUACACCUGACCGUCACUGGAAUGCUACUCCAGGCCCUUGAAGAAAGCGAAAUUAAUUUUAAAGGCCCCUAAUUCUUUCUGUUACCCGUCUGAUGAAGUACUCCUUUAUCCUGAACUGAUUUGACUUUCCCAUCUCUGAAAACGUGUACAGGGAGCAGGAGCUUGAGCCCCAGCUGUAUUGGAAACCCUCCUAAGUCAGAGCAAUGGGUCAGGAAGCUAGCAAGCCUGAAUUGCCCAAACCAGCAGGAGGGUAUCAGUCCAGUUCAGGCAGGAAGUAUGGAAGAAGGCAUGCCUAUGUCAGUUCCAGGCCAUCCACGAGUCAGCAGGAACGUGGUGCCACCCAGGGAAUGACAACAUCUGAUAGCCCAGUACACAGAUCAGCCCCCAGUCAAACCACCAAGAGGAGCCGAUCACCAUUUUCCACCACUCGUCAUUUGUGGGAUGACAGUGAGAGUUCCAGAAUCAGCCUGAGUCUUGAUAAUGAGGCCUGUUCCAGGUAUCCACCAAGAGAGUAUAGGGCUUCAGGUCGCAGAAGAGCAAUGGCCUAUGGACAUGCUGACUCUUAUGGGGCAGACGACAGCCAGGAGGAGGGGACUGGGCCUGUUGAGAAACCAGUAGUGAGAGGGAAAACUCGCAAAGAUAAAAAGUUUUACUCAAGAGAGAGAGUGGCAAUGUUUUUGGCUGGGAUGCCUCCACAGUCCUUUCAUUUCAAUAGUGAUGAGAGAGAGGAUUAUGACAAUUUAGACCCAGCCCCUGCAUCAAGGUCGUCUUCUAGUAAACCUGAGUUCCUGCCACAAAAUGGUGUGGCCUCUGAGUCUUUUUCUGGUAAAUGCAAUGUAGCUAGAAGCAGUAACCACUUGGAGAAGGAGAGAGAAGAGCAGAACUUACCUGUGCUUCCCAGCAGGCCUUCUGUGAUAAUUUAUAAUGGGGGAAACAUCCCAAACAGCGCAGAGGAACCAGUGGUAAGGCCCAGAAUUCGAAAUCUGGAAAAUCCAAACUUCAUGAAACCAAAACCAUUUCUUGAUGCCAAUGAUGAAGAUGAUGAUGAUGAUAUGCCACACAGUACUUCCAGGUGGAGGGAGACCGCCUAUGAGGAUGAAGGCUGCUCGAAUGGCACAACAAGAAGAGGCAGACGCAGGAGUUCGAGUGGCUAUUCUGAGUCAAAGCACCCUGAAGACAAGAGGGAAGAGAGGAGUGGCCAAAUGAAACCAGAAAAGGUGCCAAGGCAGCAACACACCGUGGCCAACCCUGACUUCUGUACGUAUGGUGAUGAUUACAACAGGUACCGUGAUGAAGACUCUGACGGUGACACAGGAUGGGUUAGUGCUCUGCUUACGAAGUAUCGAAGUCAGGAAGAAACUCCGUCCUCCAGUAGCAAAAGCUGGGAGACUUCUUCGGGAAAUGAAGAGCGUGAACCUCAGGAAUCCUGGGUGAGUGCCAGUCCCAACCUUAGCCCCAGUACCAGUGCCACUGCCGGGGCCAGUGCUAGCAGCACUGGCCCCAAUUAUCUUGAGGAAGCUAGAGAAGCACCGCUUCAGGAAGAUGACCAGGCAUCCCUGGAAGAAGGAGAAAUUCCUUGGCUCCAGUACAAUGACAAUGAGAGUAGCAGUGAAGGAGAUAAUGACUCUGGUCCUGAGUUGAUGCAUUCUGGAGUCUUCGUGCUAGAUGGAAAUAACUACAUUGAAGAUAACUCCAGUGUGAGUGAAGAUGUAGACUGGCCAGGAGUGGCUCAAGCCAUUACCUAUGGGGAUCCUCAGUUCCCUGCUUACGUGACCAUUGAAGAACGACUGACCCAGGCAACAGAAAAUGCCCUCGAACACUUGGAGUCUCUUGCAGUGAAUGUGGAGGUGGACAAUCCACCAGCGAGCAAGAAGAGCAUCAGUUCUCUUCCCAAGAUCCUGGUCACUGAUGAUUACAGCAUGGUUGGUCACGACAUAUGCUGCGCUAUAUGCUGUAGUGAGUAUGUGAAGGGGGAGGUGGCAACUGAGUUGCCCUGCCAUCACUAUUUCCAUAAGCCGUGUGUGUCCAUCUGGCUUCAAAAAUCGGGCACCUGCCCUGUGUGCCGCUGUGUGUUUCCUCCCCAACCCUAAAGAUCAAGGCUGUUUACUCCUGCUCUCAUUUUUCCCACCCUACUACUGCAGGAGCCCUCUCAAAGUUAACAGUGAAAACAUAACCAAUUAGUCACUUAGACUAAACCUGUUGAUUCCUCGUUAUUAUUUCCAGUGUGAAAACAGUUGUGUAUGGUUGCAUUAAAAUCAUAAUUUUGGAGGUUAGAAAGGGAAAAUUAAGUUUGUAAAUGCUACUUGAGAUUGCAGUAAAAACACUUUCUAACCUGAAAAAAGUCGCAUUUGUUUUCUUCAGUGGAAUAUGUUGCUGGUAAUUGUCAGGUCAAGCUUAUCUGUUAAAUAUUUCCAAAAGUCAAAAUCAUCUUUGUUGCAUGUUAUGGUUUAAUGUCCCUGUAAUAAUGACAGUGCUGUAAAAGCUUAUUAAAGUUAUUCUUUUGGUUUUACAUGGUCUAAUGGGAUUGUUUGGUUUUGUCUGAAACAGUGGUACUAGGUGACUUUUUAAUUGACCACCUGGAUUUGCAUCAAAAGUAAGAAUUUUUUGGUGUUCUCAAUGGUAGAAAAACUUUUUUUUACUGGAAAUGCUGACUCCAACAACAGCAAAGAAAAAAUUGAGGAAAACAGUGUAUGAUUGUCCAACCACUUCGAGGGGAAAGGUCAAACAGAGAAGGAAAGAAAUAACGAGAAAGCAUGGUAAAUAUACAAAACAAUGAUAGGAAUAAAUCCAAACUGUAGGGAUUUAUGAGUUAAAAUCACCUUUGACAACCUAGUAACUUUCAGAGGGAAUGGUUAAAAAAGUAAAACUAUAUGCCAAUUUAAUAGCUUAACACAGUGACACAGAUGGAAUAGAAAAAUAUGUCAGACAAGUAUAGGAUAAUACAGGUACUCACUCACAUAGAGUGAACAUUUGGUUUUAACAUUUGGCUAUAUUUGCUUCAGAUCUCUCCCAAUCUUUCCCCCAAUC